AUGGAACGCUCACUUUCGGAAGGGGAACCGAAUAGCACAGUGAUCAAUGCUAGUGAAAGCAAUGAUGAAUUGAAUGAUGAUGGCGUUGUUAAUCAAGAGGGUUCAUUGGUCGACGAAAUCACCGACGCAAUGGUGACGAGAAAUGAUGAGUUGGAUUUAAGACACGAGUUGCCAAAUCAUAGUGGGCUCAGUGAAGAGGAAAUCUCAGUUAUAGGAAUGAGAUUUGAUUCGCUGCAUUUGGCACAGGAGUUUUAUGCAAGUUAUGCAAAGAAAUUGGGGUUUGUAACUAAAGUCAGGAACACGAACUUCAACAAGAUGCGGAAGGACGCAAAGAUACCCAUUAAUCAAUCUCUUCACUGCACUCGAGAGGGUUAUCGAGAAUCUUGUGUUAAGGCAGUAACUAGGUCAAACAGAAUAACAGCCACGAGAUGCAAAGCAAGAAUGUAUGUCAUGUUGGACAGGGAGAAGGAAUGUUGGGUUGUGUCCAGGGUAGAAUUGAGGCAUUCUCACCCCUGUUCAGCUGAGAAAGCUGUGUCCACUAUCAUGAGUACUGGGAGCUGA